UGAAACUUUACGUAUGUGUUUCUUUUGUCUCUCACCGAUUUUCGGCUGAGACCACAUUAAGUUUCCUUUUCUCUUACGAUUCUCAUCGUUAGAAACGCAAACUUUUCUAGUGUAAGCCCACGAGGACUAUCACAUGUUCAAAUUGGACCUGCCAAGCUUGGACAAGUCUCAACUUUGUGAUACUUGGUUCAUUCACUUCAAAUCUUUGAAGGUUAGGCCGCAAUUGGUGAAUCUCAAGUGAGAAAAGACAUUAGAAAGAAAAAUUGGUGGUGAGGGCGUACAAGUCUAUUCGACUUAUCUGGUCUUCUGACUUACAUAGGUGCCGUCGCCGCUUACUUGAGGUGAAUCACUCUCACCGAUUACAUCCCCAGGUUAAAGAGAAACCUUGACUGGCAGGUGAAAUAUCUUACAAGAAAGCUUUGUGCGACGCUUGAAUUUUCACUCUUACUCUCUGCCAGCACUCCUCAAGCUUUGCACCAACUCCGGCAUAUGUCACCAUGAACCUCAAAACCUCGGCUCAUGCCGAGUCCACAUUGGAUAUCUGGAAACGACUACGAGACCUGAAGAACGGCAAGGAAACGACCAUUCUUGAUGGCAACAGUCUCGAUAUUGCUUCUUUAGUUGCAGUUGCUCGUCAUGGUGUCAAGCCCGAGAUCAGCAAAGACGAGGAUCUCGCCCGCCGCAUUGCUCUAAGUGUUGACGCACUAGCUGAGUACUUGUCACACAAAUACGUAGUAUAUGGCGUCAAUACCGGCUUUGGAGGAAGUGCAGAUGUCCGAACUGACGAAUGGUUGGAGAACCAAAUUGGCUCUCUUCAACAUACACAGAGCGCCAUUAUCACUUCUACCGACAAGAACCCUAGAAGCAACUCUGAAAGAGAACCAUCUCACGUCAUGCCUCCUGAGUGGGUUCGAGGGGCUAUACUUACUCGGGCGAACCAGAAUAUGCGUGGGCAAAGCGCUGUUCGACUGGAAGUGUUGGAGAGGUUGAUCAAGCUGCUUCAUCAUGAUAUUACUCCUAUGGUUCCUAUUCGAGGCACUAUUUCUGCGUCUGGCGAUCUCAUGCCCUUAUCUUACAUCGCUGGGGCGGUCACUGGAAACCCUGAUGUGUUCGUUCAAGUUGGUAAAGGGUUGUCGGCCAAGGUGAUGCCUUCAGAUGAAGCCCUUCGGGAUAGUGGUCUCUCACCAAGUGGUCUUGGACCGAAAGAAGCUCUCGGCCUUAUCAAUGGAACUGCACCAUCUGUAUCCGUUGCCAGUCUGGUACUCCAUGAUGCGCAACAGCUGGCUGUGCUUGCUCAGGUAUUGACAGGAUUUGCAUCCGAGGCCAUGGGUGGCAACGUUGAGUGGACAACCCCUUUUAUCCAUGCUGUACGACCACACCCUGGUCAGAUCGAGGCGGCUUCCAACAUAAGAAGCUUUCUACAAGGCUCGGAAUUUGUUGUCGGCUUGGAGGACCGUAAGAGAACUGGCGAUGGUCUUUGGCAAGAUCGAUAUUCCACCCGCACAAGUCCCCAAUGGAUUGGUCCUUAUCUGGAGGACCUUCUGCUUGCCCAGAGACAAAUUUCCGUGGAGCUCAAUUCGACAUCGGAUAACCCCUUGGUUGACGCGUCGGAGAAAGAUGGAAAAGUGGUUGGUGAUGUGUACUCAGGAGGCAACUUCCAGGCAGUUGUUGUAACUUCUGCCAUGGACAAGACACGACUUGCUCUCCAGAUGAUUGGACGCAUGCUCUUUUCUCAGGUCAGCGAGAUGAUCAACCCCUCAACCAACAAUGGUCUCGAAGCCAACCUCAACAUCAGUGACAAGGAGAAUUUCACCAUGAAAGGCAUUGACGUAAACAUGUCUGCAUACAUGUCUGAGUUAGCUGCUCUCGCUCACCCCGUCUCGUCUCACGUCAUGUCAGCUGAGAUGCACAAUCAGGGCAUUAACUCGCUUGCACUGCUUUCAGCUCGACGAACCAUGGAGGCUGCAGAUAUUGUUGCGCAUAUGUGUGCUUGUCACAUCUACGUUUCAUGCCAAGCAGUUGAGCUUCGAGCAAGCCAUCGACUUUUCCUGAAAACACUUCACGAAAAAGUGCUUCUAGACAAAACGGAAAACGGGCCCUUCCAUGUCUUUGGCCUCGAUGAUGCCGAUAUCAAGAGGAUUGGUGAGACUGUUUUCGCAGUCGUCGAGCGGGAGUGGUUUGACCACAAUAUCGGUUGUUGGAAGGAUCGCAUUAUGCCCACCGUCGAUGCCGUCAUGGCACCAAUCACGCAAUUUCUGACUGCCGAGAAGAUCGAUUGUCCGAUGUCCAGUCUUGCUGUAUUCCGUGGCCAGUUUCACAAAGCAGUCGUUGAUACAGCAUCUUCAAUCUUCUAUCCUAACAUGGCAAUACGCUCUGUCGACGUGGCUACCAAGCUAGGUGCUGGGACCGCUCCGUUGUAUACUUGGGUUCGAUCCAAGUUGGGAGUACCGACACAAUGUGGUCUUGAUGAUGAUCCCCUCUACAACGUACACAAAGGCCUUCCAACUGAGGGUAAGAAGACUAUUGGUAGCUGGGUGAGCAUGGUGUAUGAGAGCGUCAGAGGCAAUAUGAUGGACGUUAUCAUGGGGAGCAUCGAGACUGAACGUUUGGCACCCCGGACAGCCGAGGAGUACGAGAAGCUCUGCCAGGAUCUGAGGCAAACCGAAUAGGGGACCGAGUUCAAGUAAACUGAAUUUGAGAGGGCCAUUUAGCAUAAGAAAGACUUUGCUCAGGAAUGGCUGACUGUAAAGAAGUAAAAUAGAGGCUUCGAAUGUCUCUUAGUUUAGACAAUGACAUCUCAGCUCAUGAUCAUCAACCUGGCCUCAGGGAGCAAGAAAACUUCAGACCUUGAUAUAAGGUACUACAAUUGACUGAUCUAAAGGC